AUUAGAUCAGGAAUCCGUCACCUCACCUAAGUAGGUGUGAAGUGCUGGCUGCGAUCAUGGGGAACCAGCUGACUGAUAUCGCUCCCAACACCUCCUUCCUGCCAAACUUCCAGUCUCUUCAUGUGGUGGUCGUUGGGCUCGACUCGGCCGGUAAAACCUCCCUGCUGUACCGGCUCAAGCUGAAGGAGUUUGUGAAGACGAUCCCCACCAAGGGCUUCAACACGGAGAAGAUCAAGGUGGCCGUCGGGACGUCCAGGACCAUAAACUUCCAGGUGUGGGACGUCGGCGGCCAGGAGAAGCUGCGCCCACUGUGGAAGUCCUACACCAGGCGGACAGACGGGAUGGUGUUCGUGGUGGACUCCACUGAGCCGGAGCGGAUGGAGGAGGCCAAAGUGGAGCUCCACAAGAUCACCCGCACCUCGGAGAACCAGGGGGUCCCCGUGCUCAUCCUGGCCAACAAGCAGGACCAGGACUCGGCCUCGUCCGUCGCCGAGGUGGAGAGGCUGCUCGCCGUCCACGAACUGAGCACGUACACGCUGCAUCACGUGCAGGGCUGCAGCGCCGUGGACGGCCGGGGGCUGCAGCCGGGCCUGGAGAAACUCUACGAGAUGAUCCUGAAGAGGAAGAAGAUGGUGAAGCACAACAGGAACAGAAAGAGGUGAACCGAGACGAAUCGGGAGGUUCACCCACGGUUGAGACGCUUCCAAGCCUAAUGGCUGCUUUUUUAAUGGGAGAGCGAUUUGUGCCAACACAACAACAAUUACACAUGUGGCCGCGAGGUCAGGAGAAAUGGAUUUGCUCACAAUAAUUGAAGCGGUAUUGACAUAUUCUUCGUCCUGCAGCUGCCCGUCGAAGGCUUAGAUUUUUAAAAGGGAACCUUGAGCAGUUAGUCCUCACUAAGUGCUUUUCUACACCUGUUUUAAAGAAGAAUUCUACAAAGACAUUUGCCUGUUAACCGUAAGACUAAUAUCACAUUCAUGUUUCAGGUCCCUAUAAUAUAUAAAAGUCCUUAUAAUCCUUCACAAGCCUGCACAGAUUCUGUCCCACUGAAUAGAUGAUUUUGUUCCACAGAUGCUUCCCUGAAAUAUUUAUUCCACUUUUUUAGUGUUUGUGUUGGACAGAGGGACUUUGUUUUUGUAA